GGCCCCGGAAGUGACGCGGCGAUGUUUGGGUCCUGGCUCGGCCAGGGGCCCGAGCGUGCGCCGAGCCGCUUUGCAGCCUAGGAGUCGGAGCGGCCGGGAGGGAGCGCGGGGCGCUGCCCGCCCGGGCAUGGAAGGCUCCAAGUCAUCGGCCUGCACCAUGCAGGUGAGCUUCGUGUGCCAGCGCUGCAGCCAGCCGCUCAAGCUGGACACGUCCUUCAAGAUCCUCGACCGGGUCACCAUCCAGGAGCUGACAGCUCCCUUACUUACCACAGCUCCAGCAAAACCAGGAGACAUUCAUGAAGAAGAGACCAACUUAACAGAGGAAGCCUUCACAGAAAACCGUCAGGAUGGUGUAUCCAGGAGAUUCAUUCCUCCAGCCAGAAUGAUGUCAACAGAAAGUGCCAACAGUUUUACUCUGAUUGGAGAGGCUUCUGAUGGGGGCACCAUGGAAAAUCUCAGCAGAAGACUGAAGGUUACUGGUGAUCUCUUUGACAUUAUGUCCGGACAGACAGAUGUGGACCAUCCUCUGUGUGAGGAAUGCACAGACACACUUCUAGACCAGUUAGACACACAACUCAAUAUCACAGAGAAUGAAUGCCAGAACUACAAACGAUGUCUGGAGAUCUUGGAACAAAUGAAUGAGGACGAUAAGGAGAAGCUGCAGAUGGAGCUGAAAGAACUUGCUUUGGAAGAGGAGAGAUUGAUCCAGGAGCUGGAAGAAGUAGAGAAGAACCGCAAGAUGGUAGCAGAAAACUUUGAGAAAGUCAGGGCAGAAGCAGAGAGACUGGAUCAGGAGGAAGCACAGUAUCAGAAGGAGUACAGUGAAUUCAAGAGGCAGCAACUGGAGCUGGAUGACGAACUGAAAAGCGUUGAUAACCAGAUGCGCUAUGCCCAGAUCCAGUGGGAUAAACUGAGGAAAACUAAUGUGUUCAAUGCAACUUUCCAUAUCUGGCACAGUGGGCAAUUUGGCACAAUUAAUAACUUCAGACUUGGCCGCCUCCCCAGUGUCCCUGUAGAAUGGAAUGAGAUCAAUGCAGCUUGGGGGCAGACUGUGCUACUGCUUCAUGCCCUUGCUAACAAGAUGGGCCUGAAAUUUCAAAGAUACCGUCUCGUUCCCUAUGGAAAUCAUUCAUAUUUAGAGUCCCUCACAGACAAAUCAAAGGAGUUGCCCUUGUAUUGUUCUGGAGGUUUACGGUUCUUUUGGGACAAUAAAUUUGAUCAUGCAAUGGUGGCAUUCCUGGACUGUGUGCAGCAAUUCAAAGAGGAGGUGGAGAAAGGCGAAACUCGCUUUUGUUUGCCUUACAGAAUGGAUGUGGAGAAAGGCAAGAUCGAAGAUACAGGUGGCAGUGGUGGCUCUUACUCUAUUAAAACACAGUUUAACUCUGAAGAGCAAUGGACAAAAGCACUCAAAUUCAUGUUAACUAACCUGAAAUGGGGUCUUGCCUGGGUUUCAUCCCAAUUUUAUAACAAAUGACUGUGUGUGCGUGCAUGUGUGUGAAGAACUUGUUCUGAGGACUAGAGAGUAUCUGAUUUUUUUCCCUCAAGAAUGUCAUAAAUUGUCACUUAAUAUUAACCAAUACAACAUGUUUACAAUAUCAAAAAUCCACAAGACACUUUAAAAUUUCAUUUGACAAGUAGUGCAUAGAAAAGCAAUAUGUAAAAUUGUACUGUUGAGCAGAACAGAAUAUAAUUCAGCUCUAUGAAAUAGCUAGAUGGCAAGUAUCUGGGAGUUUUAUAGACAAGUCAGAAACUUGCUAUACAACACCAGUAGGUAUCUGAUGUAAUCUCAUGACAAUUUAACAGAGAAUGCAGUUAGAAAAAUGAAAUAUUAGUGACACAGUGAGAACUGUGUUAUGCGCAAAGCCUAUGGAAGCUCUGUCUGAUCACCCUAAAUGGUGACUAAUGCUUGAAACUUAAUAUCUUCUCUUUAAAUCAGAACUGAUGAGCACUUAAUUUGGUGCCACUGAACUUCGAGGGUUUGAUAUUGUUUAGAACAUUGCCAGCUAUUUAACAAUUUGUAACAAAUAUUUCCUGCAGCCUGUUACUGCACAAAGGUGCACUGAAUAACACUGUAAUAAAAUACUUUGUAUUCUG